UUUGGUGUCAAACACGUACUGUUAAAUAAUUCAAAUAUUAACAUAUAACCCAUUAACUACCUCCAGUAAACCGCGCCCAUUUUGAACAUCUAUAUGGCAUUCUACCUACUUGUCCUAUUUCUAUGAGACACCCCGUCUCCUCACGCCCCCUCUCCUCGCUCAUCAGCAUCAGCACCAGCAGCAUCAUCAGAUGCGCGCAGAUCACGCCAAACAGCGCACUGGUUUAUCAGCAGGUGUGCGGGUGUAACGGAAGAUAAUCCAUAUAUACAUCACCACCUUAAUGGUUUUUAUAAUUGACAGUCUUGUCUUUGGAUCGCCAACUGGACCGUGUUGCCAGAUUUGAUGGUUUAAUUUCCAGCGGGUGUGUCGAGUAAGUGGCCGAAGAGGAAUAAGAAUCAAAGCGAGAUCAUAUUUAACAUCCGCGUCUCCAGUGUCUGUGGAUGGGCUGCGGACAUCUGCAGUCUCUGGUUUGAGUCACUAAGAAGAUGGCGGACAGGGCAGAGAUGUUUUCUCUCUCCACCUUCCACUCCCUCUCUCCUCCAGGAUGCAGGCCGGCUCAUGACAUCAGUUUGGAGGAGUUUGAUGAUGAAGAUUUGUCUGAGAUCACAGAUGACUGUGGCAUAGGCCUCAACUAUGAUUCUGACCCAUAUGAAAAGGACUGUCUUAUUUUAGAAAAGAAUGAUUUCCACCACCCAGUGUGCUCGUUCCAUGACGACUUCCAAGAGUUUGAGAUGAUCGAUGAUGAAGACGACGAUGACGAUGAAGAAGAGGAAGCGGAUCCUGAUGCCCCUCCCUCACCAUCUGCAUCUCCGCCCCCCUCCCCUACUCUUGGGACCCUUAAGAGCCGCCCAACCACUCUUAACCUGACUGCGCCGGUUUCACAGGACUCUCUGAAUAACAACAGUAACGUCUCACCUCGGAAGUUGAGCUGGCAGGAUUCUCUUCAAAACUCGACUUCACAGGGCUGUUUGUCAUCUAACCACUCCUGCCUUGAGGACGGCUCCCAUUUGACUAUCACAUGCCCAGAGGCUCCAGGCACAACCGGCUCUGCCAAAGGUACACCCUCAAACCCACCAGGAAAUUGUGGUCUCCAUCAGUCACCCGGCAGACCCCUGCUGUAUGACUUUGAGGGCAACAGACGAGAACGGCCUGAAUAUGGCUCAUUUGGUCAACAUAACUCAUCCGGUAGCUCUGAGGUGACUGUCGUCAAACCUGAUGUUGAGGAAUCCACUCUAUGUGAGCUUGCCCCGUCUGUGGAUGAUUGCACUUCCCAAUGCUCUGACACUGAAGUGGACCACGAUCUGAAUGGCCAUGCCAAACAUCAACCCUGCCGUUCCCGACUCUCCAAUGACACUUACACCGUCACCACGGAGACCGCCGAUGACCCAGAGUUGGAAAAUGACGGCACCAGCAGGUGCUUGUCCUCAACGGCACCUCUUGGCAAUGACGCAGAGACUCCGUUAUCAGAUGAGGAGCUGGAUAAAGAUUUUGAGAUCGACUUCAUGUGUAAGGAGACCUAUGAUCAAGCCUGCAAGGAUGGCGAGGGCUCUUCUUAUGUGGAGUUUCCCUGCAUUGAACCCACCGAGUCAAUUUCCUUCUGUAGCUACGUAUCGUCCAGUCGAUCAGAUGUCCUUGAAGCUGUGGAUGAACCUCGACACAUGCGUCAGAGUCGACCAGAUGCUGCUGCAAAUGACACAUCUUCACCCUCCUCGGAUCCCGGUAUUGCAGAUAUGAACACCAAGCGCUACGCAGACUCAGAUCGCCACAGCGAUGACCUCAGCUCGCCCGGAUCAGACUCUGAUAUCGAAGGAGAAAUUGAAGCUGCAUUUGCGUGUGGCGGUCCACUUGCUAGUAACAUGAUAUCCUCCAUCUCGGAGACGGAGCUGGACCUGACCAGUGAAUCCAGCAGUGGACGUUCCUCACACCUCACCAAUUCCAUCGAAGAAGCAAGCUCUCCGACCUCUGACCCAGAACUGGAUCAGGAGCUGUAUACUGAGCAGGACAGUGGUAUUGUGGGUCUGAAAGCAUCUCUUCUGCUUGGUCAGCUGGAUCCAAUUAAACCAGACCCUUCACCGGUUCUAGAUCCCAGCCCAGAUAUGUUGCAUCUGGAUGAUGGCCAAGCACUAAUGGGUCUGCAGAACGUCGACGACGAACAGGGUUAUGAGCACCAAGCUGAUCCAGAUGAGACUCUUCCCCCCUCCGUCCCCUGUGAGGAUGGCAACUCUCAACAGUUGUUGCUGAAGAUUGAGCCUGACCACAGCCUUGAGAGCUUCAAGCGCUCCUUCUACUUGCCUGUCGGCCCCAGACUCAUUCCCUCCGUGGAUGACUACGACGGCAACAGCGAGGGAGAAUCCGAGUCGGAGUCUGAGGACGAGCUUAGUGAAAACUCAGACUCUCCUUGGCUUCUCAGCAACCUGGUCAACCGGAUGAUCUCAGAAGGGUCUUACCCAAUCAGCUGCCCGGAAGAGUGCUUCAAUCGUUCGACUUCCAUCUCUGACACCAUCUCACCUUCAUCUGACCUGGAAACGGAUGCUUUUAACGAGACGGAUGGGUGCAGUUUGGAAAAGGAGAAUUGUGAGGAAAGGUCACAGGAAGUUAUCUUGGAAAGGAUGGAGGUGAAGGUGGAAGAAGAGAAGGAAAGAGAAGCCAGCUGUAUGUAUGAUGAUGGACAGGAGGAUGCCAAGAGGACUGACUCCUGUCUGUUCAUGAACAGCCCAACACGUGACACCAAUACAAGGACAAAAAACUAUGAGUCUGUGGACUUCACAUGUCAGAACUCAUUGAAAAACAAACAGAAGGAUGAAGAAGAGGAGGAGCCAAAUAAUGACCUAAUGAUGGAGAGAAUGAAGGAGCUGGACUCUCCCAGCUUGACUGAAAGUAUAGUCAGUGACAAGGAUGGGGGUCGGGAGACGGGGGUCGAUCACCGCAAUCUGCAGCGAAUCACAGAGGUCAAAAACAGCCUCACACUGGACCUCUCAACAAUACAGACCAAUCACUGUUUCAGUCUCACUUACUCGACAGAUAAUGACGAAGAUGAAGAUGAACGGGAUAUCUCUCCUUUUCUGGAGGAUCUUCAGAAGGUACACUCGCCCUACGGAAAUGAGACAUACCUUGACAGUUCUCCACCUAUUGAUGAGAGCGUGCGAGAGUUGAGGAAUUCUGAUGUUGUGCAUGGGCGGCCGGUUGAUGACUCGUUGGCGUAUGACUCCAUGAAGUACACCCUGGUGGUGGAUGAAAACACAACGCUUGAGUUGGUGAGUCUGAAACGCUGCACCUCUUUACUGAGUGACGACAGUGAUGGACUCUUAACGAUAUGUGAUGAAGAGGCAGCUGAUGAAGAUGCCUUUGAGCGGAGACAUAUGAUUGGAGGCAUGAGACCCAAUUUGCUGUUGAGCUCAUCUGAAGAAGACUCCUCCCCAGAGGCGGAUAUGCCUUUCUCCAAGAAGUUCCUUAACGUGUUUGUCAACGGUACAUCGAGGUCCUCCAGCACAGAAUCCUUUGGGCUUUUCUCGUGCACUUUAAACGGAGAAGAAAGAGACCAGACUCACAGAGCGGUCUUCAGGUUCAUCCCACGCCAUGCAGAUGAGCUGGAGCUAGAUGUUGAUGAUCCGCUUUUCGUCGAGGAAGAGGAGGACGAUUACUGGUACCGUGGGUACAACAUGCGCACGGGAGCGAGAGGGAUUUUCCCGGCGUAUUACGCCCAUGAGGUCGUCGGUCAGACGAAAGAUCUGAUGACAAUGAAGAGGAACCCUGCUUGGAUGGAAAGUUUCCGAGUGCAGUUCCUGGGUUCAGUGGAGGUUCCUUAUCACCAAGGCAACGGCAUCCUUUGUGCCGCCAUGCAGAAGAUCGCGAUGGCGAGGAAGAGGACGGUGCAUCUUCAUCCUCCGUCUAUCUGCGAGCUGGAAAUAAGCCUACAGGGAGUCAAAUUGGUCAUGAGUUUGGACGAUGAAUACGAUUUUUCAGGGGAGUUUGACAGAUGUAGUCACUUCUUCCAAAUGAAGAACAUCUCUUUCUGUGGAUGUCAUCCCAAAAACAACUGUUAUUUCGGUUUCAUCACCAAGCACCCGAUGCUGAACAGGUUUGCAUGUCACGUCUUCGUCUCUCAGGACUCCAUGAGACAUGUAGCCGAGUGUGUGGGGCGGGCAUUCCAGGAGUACUACCAGGAACACCUAGAAUACGCCUGUCCUACCGAGGAUAUCUACCUUGAGUAGAGGAAACGGGUAACCAUGGCAACUGCUGUCCCUCUCGACAGAUGUCUGUUCCUGGGCUCGGCCACUACGGGGCGUCUGCCAGUCUUUUCAAAAUGUAACAUAGACCUCAUGUCUUUAUUCUCCUCCUCGGUUUCUGUCAUUUUCUCAACAUGAACUGAGCUGAAUACUCAUCAUACAGUAGGCUCUUAGUGGUCUGUCUAUUUAUUUCAAUGUUUAUCCGUUUUUGUUUAUUCUUCAUUGAGAUGGAUUGCUUGUUUAUUUAACUUUUCUACUAUAUAAUUACAGGGACGUGGUGAGGUGUGGAUACAUUGGUUAUAUUUCAUUUUGUAUAGUUCUGAUUGAGAAAUAUGACUACACAUGUUUGAAUGCAUGGCUUUCAAGGGUUGUGCUCACGAACACACACAUACACAAUACAGUGCAAUGGCUACAAAUGCGAUCAGAGGUUUGAAUCGACUGGGAUUGUAAAUAUGUAUUGUUUGAUUCUGAUACAUUACUGUAUUUGUACUUCAAAGGAUUGGGCAGUAGGACGUGACCUGGAAUCAGUGAUAGGUCUACAGAUUGUCUGUUCCGGUAGUAGAAUGUUUAUUGUGCGUUUCUGAUCUCACCGCAAUGUAAAUAAUGUAUAAUUCGAGUGGUUUGUAGGUGAAAACAGAUGAUCAAAUUAUGGUCUGUGGAUGAGAAAGUGGGACAGAUUGCAGGUUCUGCAGGUGACUUGAUGAUCAAAUGAAUGAAACAAAUUCCGUCAAGAACAUUUCUGGGUCAAAGUUUACUUCUGAAUACAAAGACAAAAUAGGAAUUUUUAUGUUUUUUUUAGACAAUUAAAAUCUUUGGUCUUGUUUUCGCUGUAAUUGAGCAUAAACCCCCACAAACGUUCUCAUUAUAUCACAUUAGGUUUGAGAAUUUUAGUGAGGGUUUUUCCGGACAAGGGUGAAACAAAUUUGCCUAAUUGGAAUGGAAUGGAAACAAUGUUGUUAUGCCCCAAAAUCAUAAUGGUUUAAAAAUAGGAUUAAUGUUCUUUACAAUUUGUGAUUUUAGGAUGAUUUCUGUCGUGGGAAUGUUCUUGACAGUCUAUGUGAGAUUGGCACAGUCCUGUGGGCAUUCAACCGAACAACACUUCUUCACCCCUCAAACUUGACAGAUUCUGAUAUCUUGUAUAAUUAUCAGGUAAUGCCUCGAUACCUAUGUGAUACCACAUUUCAGAUGAUGGCAGGACAUUUCAGUGAGGAACGUCCAGGAAGCACAAUGAGAAACACAGCUGUCCUAAUUCAUUUUUGCUUUACAGGGACUAUGCCAUCCUAACUCUAACAUUAGGGAAAAAAGGCAUCCCUCUGAUUUGGUCACAGAUGUCAGAAACAGUUGUUCUGUUCCUUGUUUUAUCACAGUCCUUGUCCUGGCCUUGACUGGACGUGUUGAAGCUGUGCAGAGCAGCUCCCCCUGCUGCUCUCUAACACUUAUUACUUACAAUAACAUUUGUCUCCUACAAGGUUCUACUCAAAGACCAUAUAAUAGCAGCAACAAGCUGACAAUCAAGAAUUUGACAUUCAGUGACUAUUGACUUCAUUUUAAAAUCACAUACAUCAGAAGUGAAGCCUUAUCAGGGGCGUGCUUGAGACACUCAUACUUAUGAAAAUUAUAUUGCCUUCUAAUAAUAUUAAUGAAAGAUGGGUUUGAUUCUAGAAUUCGAGGGGUUCAUCUUUGUGUACUGUACUUUGUCAGGUCCUUAGAUCACUUAAAUGUAGACUUGGAGAGGAAGAUAUAGGAAACAAUGGUUGUGCUAAGACUAAGUUCGGAAUGGAAUAUUAGCAUACAGUUUACCGCAUGCUGCAUACUAUUUAACAGUAAGUACAAUGUCAAACACUAUUCCAAAUAUUUCCAGAUCUGCUGCUAGAGGUCCACCAUGUUGCACACAUCUUGACAAGUAAAUCAUGGUCUUUAUAACUGCGUUAAAGGAUUAACAGCAAUUUUUAAAUCAUAAAGUAUUCAGUGAUAAACAUUGCAAAAAGUAGUAUGCGACUGUACUCACUCACAUUUUAUUGUGUGACACGUUUUAUAAAUAAAUCUAGUAACAGUAUGUUGGAAUAGUUGGCAUUUAUAAUCCAAUUUCUGGCAUUUAUGUUAUCUCGGAUUAAUUAAUCGCACUAGAAAUCAAAGAUCAGCAUUGCAGGAAAGUAUGUUGUGCAGAGUACUUGGUUACAUACUAAACAUUAAGCAAAAGGUUAGGUUUUCCAGGUAUGCACAGAUAAUUUACAUACUGCAGAACGGAGUAUGGUAGUAUGCUAUCCCGAACUCAGUCCAACACUCCCUGCAAAUGUCACAUGACUGGAAACUCCAGCAGCCUGCAAUCUGUUUCCAUGGUUAUGCGUUGUGAUGGUGACAUUCUCACUAAGAGCGGAAAUUGGACGGAUUCAAUGUGACUUGUUUUCGGUUAGAUUGCUGUAAAUAAUCUAGAGUCAGGAUCGCCAUGAUGUGUCCUUUCUGUUGAGUAUGUUAUUGAGAUAAAUAUGUAAAUUUUAAAGAAAUACAAAUAAUAUUGUUGAUGACGAUAAUCUCACAACCAAAAGCCAACUGUGAUGGGGUCAAAAGAUAUAAAUAGCUUGGAAUUAGUAUUUGUACCUUUCCUUUAUCUGCUUUACAUUGGUAUGUUGGAUGUGUCCUCAUCUUGUGCGGAGUUACAUGCGACAGAUCUGCUGUGUCAACCAGAUGUGUAAUUUAACUUCAUACACACAGAAACAAGCGCCGUCCUCUGCAUUUCACCAUCUAACGGGUCAAAUCAUCGAUCAAGUUGGUCUCAUUCCUGAGAAAAUAUGAGUCGGUUAUUUCAAUCAGAGCUUCGGAUCCUUUAGUUAAGACUGUUAUACUUUUGUGUUCAUGCAGUAAAUAUCUUAAAUGUUUUAGCCUUCACUUUAGCGAUUUGUAGUGACAAAUUGGCUGUGGAACCCCUAACACAUUCAGGCAGAGCAUCUAAUAUUUACCGAUAACUUAAGCUUGGGUAGCUGGAAUACAAGGAAUACAACCUUCUGGACUUAAACAUAAUUCAGUCCUUCACUGUAUAUCGGAAACAGCUUCAGUAUGACGAACUAUGUAUCUUGUAUCUUAAAAAUGACAACUUGUAAAAAACAAAACAAAAAAAAAUCUCACUGCCUUGUCAUGGAUUUGGUCUUAUGAAUAAAAUACUAUAUGCUUGAUGUCA